AUGACAAUAUUAAAAGGUUUAUGUGAAAGAAAGAAUCCUCGAUUGAUCAUUUUAAUGAAAACAUGGACAACAGCACUGGAUUUAUUAGAUUUUUUAGAUUUACUUAAUCAUUGGAAAUUUUAUUCUGAUCUUCGUUUUGUUUAUACAAUUCUUUCCAUUUGGUCAAUUAGUUGUUUGCAAUUUCUCAUUCAAAUGUCUUCUUUACAAAAAAUUUUAUUUCAAAAAGAUUUUCCUCGUUUAGGAUUAAUAAUGACGGAUUCGUUUUUAGUGAUUCUGACCACCGAUAUUCCUUAUUUAAUUGUACGUCUUUAUGCAAUAUUUGGUAUUCGAAAUCAUGAUUAUACAAGUUAUUUUCUUGUUUUCAAAAAUCUCGUCUCAAUCCUCUUUCAAAUAGCUGAUAUUUCGAAGGCAUUUCAUCGAAAGAAAUCGAAGAAAAAGAUCAGUUUAACAAAUUCUCCUUGA